CCCCCCCAAAGGCCUGGAAGAUAGCAGCCGGUCUGCCACUUCGGCAUCUACUUCUCGUUGUGUCUUAUUUGUUACCCUUUUAUUACAUACAAUUCCGUCUUCUCUCUUUUGUUUUGCCGCUUUCGUCGCUCUACGCAUCGCUGGCCGAAUGUGGACAAAGGCAGAAAGGGGGACUUUGACACCACGACGGCGGGAAUACAAACGAUGGGGUCUAACGCCAAUAUGAGAUCAACUGCUCCAACAGUCCGCCGGCGGAACCACAAUUUGUUUAAGGGUCGGCGGAGAUGGAUUGAUUCUCGCAGUGACGACGACAAUUCAGCUUCGUCUGACGACGAGGCCCCCGCUCCCGCUCGCCUCCCCGCCACUGUCGCCGGCCAGGCCCGGCCGAGCAGCACAUUGAGAGCCUUGUCUGGACUUGGGACUGUCCGUUCUGCUGCCCAGGCGACCUUGGUACCCGUAACGCUUCCGGCAACUACAUUUCUGGCGGUGGAGUCGGACUCGGACUCUGGAAUCGACGGCGGUGUUGAGUCUGAUUCUGGUGACGAGGACUCUGGGGAUGAGGCUGUAGUUUCGCCGCCUCCCGCUGCUGUUGCGCCUCCGCUCGCGGCAAUCUCAACAAUCUCAACCUCGGCCAUUGCAGCGCCAUCGUUGCCACCUCUACCGCCGCAAACUAUCUCUACGACGUCGGCUUCUUCUUCUUCUUCCUCAUUACCACCUCUACCAACUCCGGAUCAGCCUGUACUGGCGCCUGUGGACUCGCCCGUCGAGGCCACAUUGCCUCUGUCUACUUCCACGACGGCAUCGACUUUGUCCACCUCGUCAUCCAAGGUAACCGUGAUCGUAUUUCCGGUACCAACUGUUUCGUCCAGCUCGUCGCAAGAGACGACAUUAUCGAGCGUCGUAACUUCCAGAACGAGCACAGCAGUUGCUGUCGACAUCACAACUUCAGUGCCGCAGGCUAGGGCAAAACCGGGCGAGUCACCGACUCAGACAUCGACCCUUGCCGUGUCGACCCCGGCGACAACAACAGCCAUUGCAUCCCCUGACUUUCUCGAAACUAGCCAAGGGGAACAACAAGGGGUUAUCGACCACUCCGCCGAGGGCACCUCGAGUUCAAGCGCUGCCAUCAGUAUAGUAUUCGGAGUUUUGGCCGGCAUUGGCGUGCUCGUAGCAGUUGCUCUAUUCGUCAGGAAGAGGCGCCGUCGAGCCAAGCAGGGUUACCCUUUGCCUCCAUUCCUAUCAAGAUCUGGGGUCGGCGGCGGCGGCGGCGGCGGCGGGGGUGGUGACGCAAAACGGAAAUCGUCGUCAACAUGGGCUUGGGGGUUAUGGGACUCUUCAAGCAGCUCUUCAGGCCGCACAACCAUGGCUCCACCACGAGCAGUAGCUCCUCCUCUUCCAUUUCUCCCUCCGCCAAAGUUCGGGCGUGUAAGCAAAACGAACACGGAUAUCAUGGACAAUUUGAUGCGCGCAGCCUACCAGGCCGAAGGGGGACAGAAUGAUAUGGAGUCGCGGGUCAACGCCGUUGAGAAGCCGGGGUUCAUGGACGAGAAGGCGUACGCCAUGCUGGCAGGUCGGCCUGCGCCACCAGAGCGAAAGCGCCAGAAGCCGAUUUCAAGAUGGCUUGACGGUCUCAUGACUCCGCGGGUUCAAUCGCGAGUUCCUUCCAUGCCUCCCACGCCCGGGACGUUGCCGCGGAGGCCCGAGUCGUUGGUUCCGCAGCUUCCACCACCGCUGCCGUCCUACCUUAAGAACCGCGACACGGUGGAUACGUCAACAGGACUAAGCACCGGUGACUGGUAUCGUCUAGGAAAGGAAUACGGCGUGUAACUUAUACUGUGUAGAUGGCGGUUGGAACCGGUAAAGAGUAGAACUCAUUUAGUUUCAAA